AUGAGCUACUGCAGACAGAUUGAGGUUGAUCUUGCUGAAAUCAAGCAAGCAUUAUGCAAGCUUCAAAGGCAAUUCAGCAAUCAAUUUGCACCAGCAGUCAGUGCAGAAGAUUUAACUACAAUGCAACAAAGCAUUAUUGAGCAGAGUUCUCUUGAGUGCAUUGCUGAGUCUGUGAAAAGAGCUCAGCUCACAGAGUACCCUGAUCAGCUUGAAGUUCCACAAGGGCAGCCUUUGCCCCCAUUAGUCCCUCUUUCAGAUCAUGAUUUGACAGUAAAAAGACUGCAUCUCAAAACAUUAGGCUGUACAGUAAAGCAUGAUAUCAUUGACAAAGACUAUCCUGCAGUCUCAAAAGAAUGGAAGAAUAUCCCAGAGAAAAACAGGGAAUACUAUAUAAUGCAUUUGGAGAGGUUGGCAAAGAAUGGUGGAUUACACAUCCACCAAUGUAAACGAAUGUGGUGUGCAAGAAGCCUUCUUUGGGAAAGCUUCAAGAGCGACAACCAGAUGCACAAGAGAAGAAUGGCAGAGAAGAAUAAAACACAGCAAGACAUAAGUGAUUCUUUGCUUUCUUCUCCUGAUAUGUCAGAAACUGGUGAUGUUGAAUCGCCCAUAAUAGCAGAUAUAGGGCUCCUUCACUCACAGCAAGUGUUGAGCCUGCUUGCAAGAGAAGCCAAAGAUCGUAGUUUGGCUGCUGUGUUUGGCCAAGUUUGA